AAAUAACCAAUGAAAAAGAUAGUGAGAAGCUUUACAUUUGAUAUUUGUUAUGGUUUAUUCGGUUUAAGGUUAUUGUGUUUGUUAAAAAUAAAUAAAAUUAAUUGUAAUGGGAGGUUGUCGGUGCUCUUACAAAAAUUGUCAAAAUACUACGAAAACAACAGAAAAUGUUCACUUUUUCCAUUAUCCAGUUAAACACAUUGAGCGUUGUAAGUUAUGGAUAGAAAAAGCAAACAAACCACAUUUUCUUGAUUUAGAAGAAGACCAACUUCGAAACAAAGUUAUAUGUGAAUAUCAUUUUGAAGAUAAAUGGUUUCCGAAUAGUCAAAAGAAACGCUUAUUAUUGGGAGCAGUACCAACGUUAGAUGUAGGAUGUGAAAAAGAACAGCAACAACCUGACAUGUAUGUAUCCACGGGUAUGCAAGAUAUUCAAUUAUUACCCGCUAGUUCAGAUGGGUCACUUUUUAUAUUAGAUACAGAUUCCAUUUUCAGCAGAUCUAAUAAAAUUGAUUCUUUUGUGUACAAAAAUGGAAUGAUUAUUCCUUCUCAGUCACAUCAAAGUAUUAAAAGAGAAGAAAAACCAAAAAGUCCCGUAUCUAAAGCAUCAACCAGUAAAAGUGCAAGCUCUAAACAACAACAAUUCUUAAACAAUAAUUUUGAAAGGAGUGAAUCUCCAGAGUCAAAUGUACAAAUCAAAAAUGAAUCCACUGAAAAUGAACCGCAACUUAGAAGAAUGCCUCAUAAAAAUGUUUUAGAGGAUAUUGAAAUUACUAGUGAUGAAGAUAACUUAUCAAAUUCUUCACUAAGAAAGAACACUUCAUUACAAAAACUCACUAGUGUAAAAACAUCUGGCAUCAACAAAGCUGCAUCAGAGAAAGCCAACUUGGCUAAAAACUAUUUAAGAAAAAUCAAACAGCACAGUAGAGAUAUUGCAUGUAUAAAGAAAAUGUUACGACAAAAAUCUUUGGCAGAUACUAAACCAGAUACAAAUACUAUAUUGAACUGUCUUAAAGAACAGUUACCAUCAACAUUUUUCACAGUUUUAAGCUUAACUUUAAGUAACAAAUUUGACUUGACUGAAGCGGAUAUUGAUUUCUUCACCACAAUUCAUAAAAUGUCACCAGCCGUUUAUCAGCUCUUAGUAGAUAAAUAUAAGUGGAGUUUACCAAGUGUAGAUGUAGUUGAAACACCAAUGGAGUAGGUAUUACUAACAACAAAAGUUCCAUUUCUAGAAAUCAUUUGAUAUUCUUGUAAACUUGCAAAGAAAAUUAAAACUAGUUUUGAAAAUAUAUUUGACCUCAAAAUCAUUAACCAACUAGAAAAUAGACAAAAAGAAUCUAUUAUAAGUCAUUUGCUUUUAUUUUCAAUGAAAUAUUUGAUGUGUUAUAUAAAUCAUAAUUUAUUUAAAUGUUAAUACAGUGAAAAGUUGUUCAAAUAGGCAGGUUAAAGGAAUUAGGUACAAGAGGAAUCGGAAUCCUCGUCUGAUAGCUGAAAAUGUACAGAGAAGAGUUAUAAAAGUUCCCACUUAUAUCAAAAUUUCAUGUUAUUUGUGAUCUAAAAAAUUAGUUCGAAAAUGAUAAAUUAAGAUAUAGUCACGAUUAUAUAAAAAAUCUGUAUCAAAUCUCUUCUAUAGAUGUUUAUUACGUAUCAACUGCCUAUUUUCACUGUAUUAUUAUUAACAUGGGCUUAAAAAAUGUAUAAUUAUUUCUAUUUUUAAACUCCAGUUUUUUUGUUACUUUCUGUUUUGGAAAUACAUAUCUUUUAAUUUUUUAUAAGAUCUAAAAAGAUAAUAAGUCACACAAGAAGGGAAUAAAACUAAAAGAAUAUUUUGUGACUCUAGAAGGCGCAUCAAUCUAGUUUAAAUACUUUUUGGCAAAAAUAGUUCAAUAUUUUAGAACUAUGGAAUGAAUAUGUUCAUUUCACUUCAGAAUAAUAUUAUAUUUAUUUUCUUAUUAUUGAGUAUAUAUAACAAAUCGCACCUCCUCUUAUAUAGUGUCAUAAGUAAAAAAAAACAAUCGAGUAAUAAGCUUUAGAAAUUAACUUUAUUUUUCAUAUGUCAGAUGAUAACUCAAAAACUGAUAGUUACCGCGAUAGUAACUCUUUACAUAACAUUAUUUGAGAUAAAAUUUUUUUGCACCAAUAGUACAAUAAAAGAGAUUUUCUAAUUUUUUGACUUAUGAUGACAAUAUUUGAGCAGAGGUGCGAAAUAUAAAUUUAAUUAAUUUUCAAAAUUAUAACUUGUGUUCUAAUACCACAAAAGUCAACAAUAAUAUAUUUUCAGGAAAUAAUGUAUAUACUUAAUAAAGAUUGUUUCUGAUUAGAACUAUAGUUCUGAUACUCUGGUAAAUACCAUCAAAAUGUUACUUAUGUGGUGAAAUAACUUGAAUGACAAUGUGUGGUCAUUUGAUUUCAAGAUUUAUUGUUUCAAUUGAAUAACUAUUUUAUUGAAUAUUGUAUAAUGUAUCUUUUAUUAAAAUAAACAAAGAUAAAUCGUAUCUUAUUUAUAAUUAGACUUGAAAUAGAUACUACACCAUAUCAAGAUACCAAAGGGCAAGAGGAAAAGAGAUAGACCAAAAAAACGAUGGAGGGAAGUACUGGAAGAAAACCUUAAAGAGAAAAACAUCCAUAACUGGAGAGAAAAAGCAAGAAAACAAAAUAAGUGGAGAGAAAUUACAAGGCUAUGGACCUAAAUGGUUUGCAUAUAAGCCUAUUUUGCCCAACAAACUACAGAUUAUUGAAAUAAAAGGCUACCAUAACUUUUUAAGAAAGCAAAACUAAUUAUCAACAACGGAAUGUUGUAAUCUACGUUUUAAUAAAUUUGUGAAUCCGCGAAAAAUUUAGUUGAAAUAUCUUGCGGUAGUGAUUUUACUGUGAGACACUACUAAGAGUCAAUUAUCAUCACUAAAUAUUAAAUUGAAGUUUUAAUUGAUGAUUUGUCUUUAUUUUAGGUUUCUUUUCAUUAAUAUUCGGAUAUGGACUGAAAUAGGUCGAAACUUCAAUUUUAAUGUUAUUUUAAACUGAUUUUUAUUGAGAAGUGACCUAAAAUCAAGACAUAUCAUCACGGAAAACAAAAUAUCUAAGAAGUAAAAAAUUACAAUAAAAUUUUUGGCAUGGAUAAAAUAAUGCCUACCUACCAGAAGUCAUAUUUUGAUAAAUACCAAAGUAGAUGCAAACCUCAAUUUUUACAUGUUAUUUCAAACGAAUUUUCAUAUAAAAGACACAAAUUAUCAGAAAAAAAACAUAUUAAAAGAUCUAAGACGUAAAAAGUUGAAUAAAACUAUAUUGGCAUGGAUAAAAUGAUGCCUACCUACUAGAAGUCAUAUUUUGAAAAAGACCGAAGUAGAUCCACACUUUAAUUUUUACAUGUUACCUAUUUUAAACUAAUUUUUAUAGAAAUGAGACAAAUCAUCAUCAAAAACAUAUUACAAGGUCUAAGAAGUAAAACGUUAAAGAAAAUGAAAGUUUUAUUGGAAUACUUAUUGCAUAUUUCAGAAUAUUCCCAGAAUUUAGACUUUUACGUAUAUUUAAUUAUUCUUCACGGUUCAUGUAGCACAAAUUAAUAAAUAUUCAAUUAUUAAUGACAAAUAGUAUAAGCAAAUUUUCUGGUUCAAUUUAUCAUCAUAAUUGCGUGACGUUUUGUCAGUUUAUUUCAAGUACUUUCUGGAAAUCUCUCAUUUCAUGGAGUUUCAUGUGCGGGGUGCUAAAAAUAUCAGACGAUGUUUACGAAUAAAAUAUUAGCAAAAUAGUGCAUUCUGAAGUGGUAGAGAUAUAGCAGAUUUAUUUCGUUCUAGUUGGCCAACUUUUCUCCAAUAUAAUAACACUAAAGUACCUAUGUGUGGAAUGAAAAUCAUUAGUCCGAGAUAAGUAACCUCUGAAACACGACCAUAUAUUCAUAAAACAUGUAAAAAGCUAAUGUGAUAAAAAAGAAACCUGGACAUUCACAAACAUUAAGAAAACCGACUUUGCUAGAAAGCCUAUUUGCGAUCCGUUACGUUGGUUCUGUGUAGUAGAUAAUAUAAAUUUUAUCCAAACAAAUUAGUUGUGGUACUACAAUCCACGUGAUUUAUUGCUCCAAAUAAUCCAUGUGAUGCCUGAAGACAUUUUUACUUUCUUGAGUGAUAAAAUAAAGAACAAUCGUCAAACUUUAUCUAACAUACCCGUCCAUAUAUUUGCAGAAAACCAACGAAACAAGAAGUGAUUCACGCAGUGUAUUAACAGUAAUAGACGCCAUAUUAUGUACGAAGUCGUAGUUAAAACUAUGUAGAUAUUGAAUUUAAAUGUUAAGCUCGAUGUUACUCGCAAAAUAAAAUGUC